UGUCAAAAUUUUAUGAAAGUAUUCUAAUAUGGCAACGCAAGAAAUGAAAAGUCAAAUAUUCUUAGUGUAUUAAAAAAAUGUGAACGGUUUGCUUUACAACUUUUACGGAGGUCGCUGUGAGAAAAUGGCAGCAUUAAGUCUUUGGCGACAACUUCGCCUAAAUCAACUAAGACUUGGUACAAGUUUAGUUGUAUUCGGCGACAUCACACCAUCGACAUAUGCAACAAACAGAUGUGCCAUAACCACAUUCCGAAGUAUAUCCAACAAUGACUUAAAAUCUGAGAAUAAGAAGCUUGAUGUAAUUUCAUCUGUAUGUCGCUGUUAUUCUACAGAAAAACGUGAGACACCCAAACAUGAAGACCUCGAACGCGUAUAUCGAAAUUUAGAACACAAUUUACCAAAAUUGUUUAUACAGCCACAUGAUUACUCAAUAUAUAGUCCAAAUCUUAUAUUUCAGAAUAAUAUAACCGGUAAACAUACUGUCGGUCUUUACCAUUAUGUAAAACAAAUUGCUCUGUUGCGUACAGUUGGGCAUUUAAAAUACGCAUAUGUGAAAUUCGAAGUACUAAAAAUAACUAAACAUACAGAAGACUAUACCAUUAAAAUACGUUGGCGUGUACGUGGUAUUUCUGGUUUAAAAGUAAUGUUUAACUUUUGGAAAUAUAAACUUUGGCAGUUUAAGCAAAUGUUUGAAGAACAAGAGUCUUGGUAUGAUGGAUUUUCAAUAUGUUAUUUGGGUGCAGAUGGUUUAAUUAUCAAGCAUGUUGUUGACAAAGUAAUGCCGGAUCAAACACAAGAGAAAGUUGGAAUAAAUCCAUCACCGCCAACAAUACCAGAAGGAAAUCUCGCAGCAACUUCACCAAAGCUUUAUUCAAAAAACGCAAACUAGUUCUUAAUUAAAUAGUUCACUGAAAUAUUGAUGAUUUAUUUUUAACUAAUAUCGAGUUUAAAUCAAAUAAUCAGCGAUAUAAUUAAUAUAUACCGAUGUUAGAAAUUCGAUGCAGUAAAUGAUACUGUUUGGACUUGUUACUAUAAUAUAAGAUUGUCUUUUGGUUUUUUUAAUUAAAAUUAUAGUAUUUU